AUUGUACAUUUCAUUUUCGUUCGCCAAGCGUACCAAACCACCAAUAUACCAAUAUGCUGAACUUUGAGGAAAUCGUUGAGAAGGCUAAGAAGCUCGACAUAACCAUCACCAAGGAGGAUGUUUUGGAAUUCUACGGCUACUACAAGCAGGCCACAGUUGGUGACUGCAACAUCGAGGAGCCCGAGGAUCCGGAGAAGAAGGCCCGCUACAAUGCCUGGAAGAGUAAGGCUGGCCUGACCAUCGAGGAUGCCAAGAAGCACUAUAUCGAGGUGUACAAGAAAUAUGUGACCAAAGAAUAAUCAAUAAACAUAUAUUUACCUACGUAUCUUA